AUGGACGACUCACAUAAGUUACUUGAGCUGCAGAGGCGCCUAGCACUGGCAGAAGAACGCGCGGAAGAGGCAGAACGUCAACAACAAGAAGAGAGACGACGCGCCGAGGAGGCGGAACGUCAUCAAGAGGAAGAGAGACGACGCGCCGAGGAGGCGGAAGAGCAGACGCGAAAUACAACAUUGAACGAAUACAUCGCAGCGAGCCAUCAUUUAGUCUUCGGCCACUUUACCAUUGAAACUAACACAGACCGCACCUCAAAGGGUUCCAUUACCAAUCCACGCAACAAGCUUUGCCCAACCAACCUCCGACCAUGGUCGGACUUUUUAGACCAUCAGCGCACCACCCUGGGAAUCCUUUAUAACACAUUUCUUACCAACGAGCGGCGUUUCGAGUCCCGGAGUGUUCUGUACGGCCUGGGUCAAAGAAUCUCCAAUCGGCGGAUAUCAAACGAGAAGGCUCUCGAGUACUUUUUACACACCAGUGUCGAAGACCCGGUGCGACUGGUUGUGGACCAGUUGAAGGCGGUGGAGGAGGUCAGGCGUGCAUUUGGAAUCGGAGAUGGCAUCGUCUUUGAAAACCACCCCAACGCGCUUAGUGAUAUCGCCGAUGAGGUCCGGCAAGCCGCAACGACACUGCCGCAGACACCAGACCAAGGACGGGGUCCUAGUCAGAUCCGGCCUGGUCAGAUCUGCGUGCACAGGUCUGAUGAGCGCCCACAAGAGCGCACCAUGCCGUACGUUUCCGAAUACAAGGCUCCGCACAAGCUUACCGCCCCCCAUCUUCGCGUCGGCCUGCGUCCCAUGGAUAUCUACAAGGAGGUCGUGAACCGGAAGACGAUUCCCACUGCCGCCGACCCUGAAGGCCGGUUCCAGUAUCAUUCGGAAAGGCUGACCGCCUCUGCUCUCACCCAGACCUACCACUACAUGAUCGAGGGUGGGCUUGAAUACGGCCUGCUUACCACAGGCGAGGCCAUUGUGUUCCUCAAGGUGGACUGGCAAGAUCCCGAAACGCUAUAUUAUCACCUGGCUGAACCUGGCCCCGAGGUUGCAGAUCAUCCGACUGAUUUUCAUUCUUGCACGGCAGUUGGGGAGGCCCGCACCCACCGGCAGAACGAGCGUGAACAGGCAAUUAGAGGUCUCAAAAGAUGGGCUGAAGACUUUGAAACCACGUUGCGAUCCAUUCCAAAAGACGAGCGCCUGCUGCCAACGGGCUCAUCGUACGCACCUGAGACAUAUGCGAGUGUCAGUCGGUCACCGCACCUUCUCCGGGACAAACCUAACCGUCGGCGUGUCGAAAGGGAUGGCCGUGUUGAUCAGCCCAGGCCGAGAGACCAGAGAGAAUCGUCUGACGAUGAGUCGCAGCCCCGGAUGCCAGAAACCCCGACUCCGACCGAGCCGCGUCGUGGUCAAGGUCCACAGGGUCAAGGACAGGUGACUCGGCGCAGUAGGCAAAACUUGGCUCGGCGGCCUCGAGGAGGCGGCGAACAGGCCCGAGGAUAUUGCACCCAACUAUGUCUCCUCGGGAUGGUCAGGGGUGCUCCAUUGGACAAGCAGUGCCCCAACGCGGCGCUUCACCAGCGAGGGGCACCUCGGAACUAUCACCCGAUCAAGCAUGCCGACUUCCUUCGAAUUCUCCGCGAUCAGCUGAAGACGUCGCUGGACGAAGGUGUCACAAAGCUGGGGCUAGGAGGCUCGCGAGGCGUGCUGUUCCAGGUCACCCUGCUAGCAUACGGGUACACCUUCGUAAGCAAGGGCACUGUGGCGGCGUUCAUACCAGACCUGGAACACGAAGCGGCUGUUUACAAGCACCUUGAACAAAUGCAGGGGACUACAGUGCCUAUAUCUCUAGGGGCCGUGGAUCUCCGCAACAUGGGCAAGGUGUAUUAUUAUGAUCAUCGGGUCUAUAUCGAGUAUAUGAUGUUCCUCUCAUGGGGCGGCAACACAAUCGACUCGUCGGUUAGCGUGGACGAAGUGCACCAAUGCCUGCGUUCGAUACACGAGCAGGGUGUUGUUCACGGCGAUGUGCGGUGGGCAAAUGUGCUAUUUAAUCCCGCCACAGACGGAGUAAUGAUGAUUGAUUUCGAACGAGCAUCAAUUGUGAAGCCGCCCCGAAGCCCGCUCAGUCAGGUAGUACUGAAUAAGCGGCCAUGGGACCACGGAAAGGAUAAGGAGAAGAAGAGCAUGAUGCCUUUUAACUCCAAUCAAGUGGGGUUUCAGGACGAUAUCCUGGCAGUGAAUACGGCGUUCUCGGGAUGCGCGGGUUAUUCAUGUAAAUUUCUAAAGACCUAA